AUCGAUUAAUUUUAAUAUAAUAUAGAAACGGAGGAAUCAACGUUAUUUCAUUUAAUCCUUGCAUUCCCGUGUUCAACUUUAAAUAAUGUGCUAAAAAUCGCGAAUAGUAAACCGAUAAGACAGAUCUAUUAUAAUUAAUUCAAAGAUAGCACUGAGUACACUAAGCGGCACAGAACACGAGGAAAGUAUGAGAGGAUACGUGUCAUUUGCUGCCUUUUGCCAAGUAUAUUUCAUCAAUAUUUAAAAGUGCUAACAUAAGAUGAUAGCUUUGGAGUCUCUACUUCUUUAUAUUAUUGUAUUUGCAGUGAUAUGUAUAAUUGUGUUUUCGAUACUACUGUACAUAAUAACUGAGCCAUAUCCAAAAAUAUGGCGAGACGAGGAAGAGAAAUAUUUUUGGAAUCCAAAAACAAAGAGCAAAGAGAUUUUCCCAUCUUUACAUGAUAAAUGGAGUGUGCAUUUGAGUGUUGUAAUACCAGCAUACAAUGAAGAGCAAAGAUUGCCGGUAAUGUUAGAUGAAUGCUUGGAAUAUUUGGAAAACCGAUUAAAAAAAGGAUGUACUUAUGAGGUGAUCAUUGUCAGUGAUGGGAGCACAGAUAAAACUGUAGAUAUUGCACAUAAGUAUGCAUUAGAACAUGAAAAUAUUAGAGUGCUAAAACUUGUUAGAAACAGAGGCAAAGGUGGUGCAGUGAGGCUGGGUAUCUUAAGUUCAAGGGGAAGUGUAAUAUUGUUCGCAGAUGCUGAUGGUGCUACCAAAUUUACAGAUUUGGAGAAGUUGAAUGAGAGUUUAAAAAGUAUUCUAGGAUUUGAUUACAUGAACAAGCCUGAGGAAGUUGGCUCGUCUCAUGUAGUAGUCUGCGGAUCUAGGGCUCAUUUAGAGAAAGAGGAAACUGCUAAAAGAACGUUCUUCAGAUUACUAUUGAUGCAUGGAUUUCACGUUCUUGUAUGGUUGUGGGGAGUGAGAGGGAUUAGAGACACCCAAUGCGGCUUUAAACUUUUAACGAGAGAAUCUGCAAGAUCUAUAUUCCAAGCCCUGCACGUCGAACGCUGGGCAUUCGAUGUGGAAAUGUUAUACAUCGCGAGAGUUUUGAACAUUCCUAUUACCGAAAUUCCAGUAAACUGGACAGAAAUCGAGGGGUCGAAAAUAGUACCGUUCUGGAGUUGGUUGCAAAUGGGAAUAGACUUAUUUUUCAUUUGGUACAAAUACAGAAUCGGUGCAUGGAGAAUAAAAAUGUCUAAGCAAGCGUAAUACAGACUGAACAAUUUGUAUUAAUUGCAAAACGCCAAGAUGUACCAUGUUUGAUAACUAUUAUCAAAUCAUGAUGUAUUUUUAUGAUUUAAUUUUCCUUUGUAAGGAAACUUCGUGAAUAUAAAAGAUUGUACACCUUUUACUUCAUUAUAUCAUACGAGAAUGUAUAAUUAAUAAAAACAAAUGUUUUUUACAA